AUGGAUGCUCAAUUCUUAUUGCAAUGUUUCUCUGCAACUCUACAAGCAGAUCAAUCGGUUAGAACACAAGCCGAAGCAGAGCUUCGUCGUUUAGUGAUUACUCCUGGUUUUCUUGGAGGGUGUCUUGAUAUAAUUGCGUCGACUGGAGAAGGAAUUGAUCCAGCAAUUAGAAAAGCAGCUGCAGUAUUUUUCAAGAAUCGAGUUAUUAAGAAUUGGUCUCAGAAUAGUCCAAAUAAGAUAGAUGAAGAUGAGAAACCAGUGAUUAAAGAUAGAAUAUUACCGGUUUUAGUUGCCAGUGAUUAUAAUACUAAACAACAAUUGAUUCCAGUUUUGAGAGUUUUAGUGAGUAAUGAAUAUCCAAAGAAUUGGGAUAAUAUUUUAAUGACUACUUGUGACUUAUUGAAACAAGUUCCUAACAAUUCGAUGAAGGAUGAAGAAUUUUCUCAUUUAUAUACUGGAUUAUUAUGUUUUACUGAAAUUUUAAGAAAAUUUAGAUGGGUUACUAAUGAAGAUAGACAAGAAUUGGAUCCAAUAAUUAUUCAAGUUUUCCCUCAUUUACUUGAUAUUGGGAAUUCAAUUCUUGCUCAUCAUGAAAAUAUUACUGAAUUUACUUCAGAAAUAUUAAAAUUAAUUUUAAAAGCUUAUAAAUUUGUUACUUAUUAUGAUUUACCUCACCCUUUACAAACAAGAGAAUUGUUAACUAGUUGGGCUGAAUUUCAUUGUUCAAUUACUAAUAUGUCUCCUCCGGAAUAUGUUACUAAUUCUAAUGCUAGUGAACAAGAAAAAAAUUUCUUACAAAUUUCAAAAUGUUAUAAAUGGUCAGUUGCAAAUUUAAAUAGACUUUUCACUAGGUAUUCAUCUAAAAGUUUAUCAAGAAAUUUUAAUUAUAAAGAUUUUUAUAAUAUGUUUCUAGAUGAUUUCAUUCCUCAAAUACUUAAUACUUAUUUAUCAAUUAUUGAACAAUGGUGUCAUAAUCAAAGGUGGUUGUCUUCUUCAAAUCUUUAUCAUCUUUUACAAUUUUUAAGUCAUGGUGUAACUCAAAAAAAGACUUGGCUUCUUAUCAAACCCUAUUUUGAAAAUUUGGUUUCUCAUUUAAUUUAUCCUUUAUUAUGUCCUUCUGAUCAUAUCUUAGAAAUUUUUGAGAAUGAUCCUCAUGAAUAUAUUCAUUCAAAUUUUGAUAUUUAUGAUGGUUUAGACACUCCAGAUGCUGCUGCUUUAGGCUUAUUGGUUACUUUUGUUGAUAAGCGUAGAAAUACAACUUUGGAACCAAUUAUUACUUUUGCAUAUAAACAAUUGAGUAGUUUACAAGAACAACCAGAAACUUUGGAAAUUGCUAAAAAGAAAGAUGGUGCUUUAAAAUUAAUUGGUGGAAUCUCUCAUUAUGUGGUUAUUCCUUCAUCUCCUUAUUAUUCCCAAAUGGAACCAUUUUUAACUAAUUUAGUUUUUCCGAAUUUAACUUCAAAAUUCGAUUUUUUAAAAGCAGAAACUUUAGAUAUUUGCUCAAAAUUCUCUGAUUUAGAAUUAAAAGAUAAUGAAAGUUUAUCAAUUUUAUUUCAUGGUAUAUUGAAUAAUUUUAACACGGAUGAAAAUUCAAGUUUACCAGUUAAUUUACAAUGUGCAUUAGCUAUUCAAGCUUAUUUAGGAUUACCUCAAUUUCAAGAAGUUUUAUCUACCAUAAUUUUACCAACAAUGUCUAAAUUAUUAGAACUUUCCAAUGAACUUGAUAAUGAUGCAAUUUCUGCAGUUAUGCAAGAAUGUGUUGAAAAUUUUUCAGAACAAUUACAACCUUUUGGUGUGGAUUUAAUGACUAAACUAGUUGAGCAAUUUAUGAGAUUAGCUUAUGAAAUUAAUGAAGCAUCAAAAGUCGAUAUUGACGAUUUUAAUGGUGACUACGAAGAUCAAUCAGAAAAAGUCAUGGCAGCUAUUGGAUUUUUAAAUACUAUGAUCACAGUUCUACUUUCUUUCGAGAAUUCAAAAGAAAUUUGUACUAAAUUAGAAGAAGUUUUUUCACCAGCCAUUGAAUUUGUUUUAGUUAAUAGACUUGAUGAUUUCUUAGCAGAAGUAUGCGAAUUGAUGGAGAAUUCUACUUUCUUAGUCAGAUAUACAACACCAAUAAUGUGGAAAGAUUUUGGCUUCCUUUGUGAAACCUUUGAAGAUGGUAUUGCAUUGAUGUACGUUGAAGAAAUUACUCAAUGCUUACAGAACUUCUUGAUUUUUGGUCAAGAUGAACUCAUAAAAAACCCUCAAUUGCAAUCAAAUUUUUUCAAUAUAAUUAAGAUAAUACUUGCUAGUGAAUCGAAUGCCAUUGGUCUUAAUGAUAUUAUCUUUGCUGCUGAAUUAGCUCAAACUUUUAUUUUAUCGUUGCAAAAUUACGGAUCCGAUUUCAUCCAACCUAUCAUUACCAGUUUCUUACAAGUUGCUAAAUCAGUGAAUAAUGAAGAGCAGCUCGUUAGAAACACUUCCUUUGACGUAAACAUAAAUAACAUCAUUGUUGGUGCAUUAACAUACGAACCAACUUUAACAUUGAGUGUUUUACAGGAACGUGAAAUGUUGAAUAAUUUUUUCAGAAGAUGGUUCACUUUAAUUCCAAUGCUUAAAAGAGUUUUCGACUUGAAAUUAUCAAUUAUGGGUUUAAUAAGCUUAAUCAGUAACCCAAAUGCAUUCAACAGUUUAGACCAAUCAAUUGUUGAGCAUUUAGGAACCAGUCUUGUUGCAUUAUUUAGUGAACUCCCAAAUGCCCUUGAAUCAUUUGCAAAGAAACGUCAAACUUUCUCAUAUACCGACUUUUCCUCGAGCCAAGAUUAUUACCAAAAUUGGGAUGAUGAGGAUGAAUUAUCAGCAGAAGCGGUUUCCGAAUACCUUGCUUCAGAAGAUAGUGUCGAUAAAGAUGAAAACUCAACCCAAGCAUACAUGAAUUUCUUACUGGAGGAAAACUCUAAGUUGAAAAAUUCUGGCUUUUAUGAUGAAGAUGAAGAACAAAUCGUUGAGGAUCCUUUAGUUACUACCCCGUUAGAUAAUAUUGACGCAUUUCAAAUCUUUCGUGAAUUUGGUGGAUCUUUACAAGCCAAUAAUCCAAAAACCUAUACAUUGGUCUUUGGUACCCUUAACGAUUCUCAACAGAACGUGAUUAGACAAAUUUUCGAUAAUCAACACGAAUAA